AUUAUUUUACCUUUAGCAACCUUUCUUCUUCAUUCUUUUUUGCUCCUUUUCCUCCUGUCAAAACUAUGGAACUUCCUCACAUUCCCAGUUUCAGACACUAAACCGAAAUCUUAAUCUUUUUCUCUGGCCUUGAAAGAAACAUGGGUUGCUGCUCUAAAGAAACCAGUUUAAUCCAAACCCUUUUGUUUCCAAGCCUGUUUUCUCUUUAAUAAGUUCAAGAACACACAGAAAGAACUAUCAUUUCAUGUAUAAACAAUAUAUUGUGUUUCCUUUGUUAACUGGUUAAGCUUUCUCGCUCUUCGAGACUGAGCUAAAAGAGUGAAUGAAAUGAGAUUUCAUGGAAGCAAAAACAAGUUGUUAAGUGUAUUACUUAUCUGCCAUUCUGGUCUGAAUAUGUUGAUUUUGAGCUGUGCAUAACUGAAGCUGACACUGGCAGAGAGUGAAUUCUAUAACAUCUUCUGAACAUCCCUCCUUCAGCAAGUUUUCCUUCUCAAGAACAAUACUAUUUUCUACUGCUAUUCAGCUUAAUUGAGUAUCAAGGGCAUGGCAUAGUUGGGUUUGCAAGGCUUCUUUCCAGCAUAUUAUGCUCCUGUAAAAUAUAAUUGACAUUUCGUAUAUUUAUUAAAAUGGAGGUUAAAGAAGCAGAGAGGAUAGUCAUAGCUAAGCCAGUAGCUUCAAAGCCUACUUGCUCUAGUUUUAAGUCUUUCUCGGAGUUGCUUGCAGGUGCCAUCAAUGCCUCACCCCCUAAUGCCUGUUCUGAAACUGCAGUUCCUGCAAUUAGACCAAAGACAGUGAGGUUCAAGCCAGCGGUGAAUCAAGCUCCAUCUGCUGCGGCUUCUUCCCAGGCAGAGCUCCCUGGAAUAGGUGUUUCUAGUUCAUCUGAUAAGGUUUUAAAAUCAAAUGUCAAACCUACCGUAGUAUACAAACCACAGGCAAAGCUUGUAUCGAAGACAACUGUUUCUCUCUUGGCAAACAUGGGGAACUUCAGCAUUAGCAAUCAACAAACACUGCAAUCAACAGAGGCACCAGCUCAACAUACAAACCAAGAGAAAAAGAAUUUCAGAUCCCAAGUUUGUCCUAAUUUUCACCAGAAUGCUCCAUCACACGCAGAAACAGAUCAGACAAGUGAACCCUCAAAGGUGGGAUCUCAGAACAUGGAGGAGGAUCCAAAAAGCUUACCAGCUGCAGCAAAUAUUGAUCGGCCUUCUUAUGAUGGCUAUAAUUGGAGGAAAUAUGGGCAAAAGCAAGUGAAAGGAAGUGAGUAUCCACGAAGCUACUAUAAGUGUACACACCCAAAUUGUCCUGUAAAAAAGAAAGUUGAAAGAUCAUUUGAUGGUCAAAUAGCUGAAAUUGUCUACAAGGGUGAACACAACCAUUCAAAGCCUCAGCCUCCCAAACGAAAUUCGUCUGGGACCCAAGGGUUAGGCUUUACUUCUGAUGGGACUGGUCAAGAUACCAACAACUCAUUGUGGAGUAAUAAUCCUAAUGAAAGGAAUGAAGGUUCUGAAGGUAGAGUUGAAAAUCAGAAUGAAGUCGGAUUGUCUGCUCCCUCAUCUUAUCAAGGGAAAGCUGUGCUAUCUCAUGAGCAUGUUACUACUGGAGCUGUUAAUGCUGGUGUAACUUCAGAAAAUUCCAUUGGUCUUAGUGGGGAAUGUGAGGAACGAAGCAAGGAGGGAGAAGAUGAUGAGCCUAGGAGUAAAAGAAGGAAAAGUGAGAAUCAAUCCAGUGAAGUGGGCACCUCAGGGGAAGGCAUCCAGGAACCUCGUGUUGUAGUGCAAAGUUGUACAGAUUCUGAGAUUAUGGGAGAUGGCUUUCGGUGGAGAAAGUAUGGGCAGAAGGUGGUGAAGGGAAAUCCAUAUCCCAGAAGUUACUAUAGAUGCACGAGUCUUAAGUGCAAUGUGCGCAAGCAUGUGGAAAGAGCAUCGGAUGAUCCAAGAGCUUUCAUCACAACGUAUGAAGGCAAACAUAACCACGAGAUGCCACUUAGGAACACAAAUCCUGUGGCCUCUGAUCCAGAUUCUAAUUCACCUGCUAGUAAAGACAAGCGAUGAUAGCAACUGAAAGAAGGUAUAGUCUCCAACUUGAUAUUUGGUCUUGAUAAAGGCGCUCCGGACUCAAGGCCAUCAGAACCAAAGACCUGAAGUGACUGUGAAGCUCACAAUAUAUGACUUUUUACUAAAUUUACUAUGCCACCUUCUUGUGAAUUUUAGCUAUGAAGGCAGUUUUCUGUUGGCAAUUCAAAUUAGAGGGAGGACAUUACGGAUCCUCAUCUUCUUCUAAUGCCGCCUGCCUUCAACUUAUUGCAUUCUUUCUUAAAUUAAUUGUUUCCUCCAUGAGAUAAUAAGUAAUAACUGCACAUCUAAUAUGUUAUAUAUAUCAGCACUGUUUUGUUUCAGGUUUCUAGAGGUCUUGUAACAACUUCAGGGCAGCUUUAGGUCUUUGUUACUUAAGUGAUCAAUCCUAACUUCUGGCAAUUAUGCCAAGAAUGUCUGUUGAUUAUGAUGCUAUCUCAGAGAGAAGGCAUCAAAGUCCACUCGGAACUUUUUGCUGCCUCUACUUCUCUA